UCCUGGGUGUUUUUCAAUGUUUCUCUUCGGUGUGUGUGUUGUUUGUCCCCUCGAACUUGUGUUGUCUUUGCUGGGUUUUCAUGAGAAGGGGGUGGAGGGCUUGUUGAGCAUAAAAGAGGAGGAAGCGAGCGGCCUCCUCUUGUUUGUGACUUGACGUGCCGCAUGGCCAUGGACAGCAGGCUGCUGUGGAGCGCCUCCAUCGUCUUGAUUCUAGCAGGCGCGUGCACGGCGCAGAACGUGCUCCCGCCGGGCCCGUUGAGCGGCGCCGUGUCCGGCAGCGUGACCUUCAGCACCGCCCUGCGACCUCCCGAGCGCCCCUUCCUCUCUGUCAGCUGGACCUUCAAAGGCACCAACGUCAUCACCUCCACUGCCAACGGAGACCUGCCCGGGGACGGUUACGGCAACCGGAUCAGCCUGGACCGGACCACCGGGAGCCUGCAGCUCAGGGGGCUGACGGCGGCUGACAGCGGGGAGUACGUGGUCACCGUCAUACCGCAGGGGGAGAGCCAGAAACAGGGCAAGAUCGUGCUCAACGUUUACGUGCCGGUCUCGGGCGUGACCGUGCGAGGUCCGGAAACCACCCUGAUCGAAGACCAGCACUCGGCCAGCGUCACGUGCGAGGCCUCGGGCUCGGUCCGCGUCCGAGCGUGGACCAAGGACGGGCGCCCCGUCCGUGCCGGGCCCACCGUCACCUUGUCUCCAGACAAUGUGACCGUCUCCAUUCAACCCGUCCGUAGCCACGACGGCGGCGUCUACCGCUGUCGCGUCAGCAACCCCAUCAGCUCCGCCACGGCUGCCUUCAACCUCACCGUCAACUUUGGACCGUAUAACGUAUCAAUUGUGGGACCCUCGGCGGCCCCGCCGGGCCGCACGGUGACGCUGCGUUGCAUGGCGCACUCUUUGCCGCCGGCCGACUUUGGCUGGGAGUUCAACGGCACCAGCGUCAACGGCUCCUCGUAUGUGGUCCAGCACCUGGAUGAGCAAAGCGAGGGCAACUACACGUGUACGGCGAGAAAUGCGGUGACUCGCCGUGAAAAGUCCACCAAUCUGUACCUGAGAGCGUCCUGCAUCACCCCCUGCUGGUCGGUUUCAGUGAUGCUGCUGAGUGCAACCAGCCUCAGGUGGUUUAUGUAGCCUACUACAAGAUAACCAGAAUCGAUGAGUCGGCUUAGGACAGAGGAUCUUUAUUAAAAAGACUUUGCAGGAAGUGUUGCCAUGGAGACACAAGUAAAGAAUUUGAACAAUCUACAGUCCUGCCAACAUUGCAUUUGGCUCAAGGAUUCAUAAGUGCGACUGUGAAUAUCAGUUGCACCAACGCUGCACUUAUUAAUCUUGUCUAAAAUAAAUGUGCUUAUUAUGCACGCAA